UUGUGAGUCACUGAAAGUCUGAAAGCAGAAGACCCAAAGCAAAUUCCGUUUCUUUCUCUCUCUAUUUGCGAGGGUUUACACCAUCAAUACAAUCUCUCUCUCUAUGAAUCGCUCGUCGUGAUCGCGUUCCCCUCCGAUUCCGGCUCCGAUCUUUGAUCAGUAAUUUUGCAUGGUACAAGUUCAAAUGAGAUGGCAGCUUCGUCACAUAAUGUUGAGUUGGAAGCAGCCAAGUUUCUGCACAAGCUCAUUCAGGAUUCUACCCAUGAGCCCGCCAAACUUGCCACCAAGCUCUAUGUGAUACUGCAACACACGAAGUCGAGUGGCAACGAACAUUCCAUGCCGUAUCAAGUCAUAUCAAGGAAUUAUGCCAUGAGUUAAAUGCUCCGGACACAUUUGAACAAAAUUGUAGGUGCAAACUAUGAAGCAUUCAAAACCUCUGCGCAGUUACACACCUCUAGUGAACCAAGUCCUGACAGCCAUGCUCAAAAACCAACCUUUUGAUCCGAACCCCUCGGUUUCAUCCACCACAACUCAACCAUGGACCUCCGACUCAGUUUCCCAAGUCCUAACCUCCAUCCCCAGAUUCUUCUUCCAGUCCCCUCGCUCCAUAGGUUGCCAAACCGGCUGUCGGCACCGCGCUUCGUUAAAGCAACGUAAUCUCAGGCAAGAAACAUAUAAUUUCCACAAUGACAUGCUCAUUUUUGGCCCAGCUGCCCAUAGAGACCUCAACAAGGUCAAUCUGGGAGUGGAUAAAACCCUCGAUUUUUACUACUGGGUCGAAACCCAUUUCGGGUUCAAGCACAAUGAGCGAACAUGCAGAGACAUGGCUAUCGUUUUGGCUAAAGGGAAUCGGUUGAAGGCCCUCUGGGAUUUUCUGAAAGACAUGUCAAUGAGAGGGAGUAGUGGAAGCCCUCUUGUAACGACACAGUCCAUAACCUGUUUGAUGAAAUGCCUAGGAGAAGAGGGAUUGGUUAAUGAAGCAUUGACGGCUUUCUAUAGAAUGAAGCAAUUUCAUUGCAAACCGGAUGUGUAUGCUUACAACACUAUUAUUUAUGCGCUUUGCAGAGUUGAGAAUUUCAAGAAGGCCCGGUUUUUGCUGGAGCAGAUGGAGCUGCCGGGUUUUAGAUGCCCGCCGGAUACAUUCACUUAUACGAUUUUGAUAAGCUCUUAUUGUAGAUAUGGGUUGGAGACUGGGUGCAGGAAGGCCACUAGGAGGAGGUUGUGGGAAGCAAACCACAUGUUUCGGAAUAUGCUUUUUAGAGGGUUUGUUCCUGAUGUUGUUACUUACAAUGCUUUGAUCAAUGGUUGUUGCAAGACUUACAGGAUAGAGAGGGCGUUGGAGUUGUUUGAGGAUAUGAAGAAGAGGGAUUGUACCCCCAACCGGGUUACUUAUGAUUCGUUUAUUAGAUACUAUGCUGCUGUUAAUGAGAUUGACAAGGCUGUGGAUAUGUUAAGAAGGAUGCAGAAUAUGAAUCAUGGAUUGGCCACUUCAAGUUCGUAUACUCCAAUCAUUCAUGCCUUGUGUGAAGCAGGAAGGGUUACAGAGGCCUGGAGUUUUCUUGUUGAGUUGGUUGAUGGAGGGUCAAUACCUAGAGAAUAUACUUACAAAUUAGUUUGCAAUGCAAUGAGUUCAGCUGGAGAGGUCAAUUUACUUGAUGAUGACCUGCAAAAAAGAAUAGAAGACAGUAUGCAGAGGAGAUAUAAGCACAUAAUGAAGGUGAAGCCAAUAAUGACUCGCAAAGGGUAUGAUAGCAUGGUGGAAACUUGAUCAUUUUUUAAGAGGUUAUGCUCUACCCUGUCAAGAACUGCAGAUGGCAAGAGUCUCUGAUAAUACUCUCUUUUGGAGUUCUCAAGUUUGUUACUGAACAGCCAUGGCUACCACGACAGUCAAGUGCGCGGCUGCACUUCUUUGUUUACAACUGGAGGCCAGGGAUGACUUCCAAAUCACUCUUCGAAUUCUUGAAUCUGUUGCCGAGGAGUCUCUUGUAAUUCUCAAAAGCCCUGAUAUUUUUACCCGUGAGGUUCUCCCCAGUUUGGCUGUUCUGUAUAAGGGCAACAAGGAUGGUGAUGCCAGGUUUCUGUGCUUCAAAAUCUUGUUUGAUGUGAUGGUAAUUUUUCUUAAUGAACAAUCUGAAGAUGAGCAAAGAUCCAAAGAAUUGCAAUUCAAAUCCAAUACAAACUUUCUUCCUCUCUACAAUUCCUUGAGUCAAGACCAAGAUCCUAUCCCCUGUACGCACAAAAGCUUCUUGUGAUGCUGAUUGAUUAUAAUUAAAUCAAAAUUGCAGACAUUCUACAUCUGAAGAUGGUCUUGCAAUGCUUUGAGUUUUUGCUGGGCAAUCUCUCAAGUGCAAAUGUAAACUUGUUAUGCUGUCCCUGCUCUGACAUCUGCUCCUGAAAUGGAAACCAUGCAAGUUACUUUCUGAGCAAGUGGUGAUCAGCAGCAACGUAUAAGAGAUAUCAUGGACUUUGAGAGCAAUGUUGCUGUAUUGCUAGAGUUAAGUAGGUUUCACAGAGGAAGUGUGGCAGAUGUAGGUUUAGAAUGUGUUGUUUUGUUGCUCAGGGCAGCUCCAAGGGAAGGCACAGCUGGUCUACUAACUAAUCUUCCAAAAGCUACUGCAAUGCUUGAGUCUUGGCUUGGAGCAUAUCUCAUUUGUCGGUGCAGGAGUGCUACAUGCACUUGGUUAUGGCUGUAGGCAGUAUUUGUUACAUCCAAUGAUAUUGUCAAUAUCGAUACCUGAGAUUCCAAGAAUUGAGGGCAUAGUUUCUGAGCUUUUUUUUUUUGUUUUUUGUUUUUUUAAUCCCCACAUGCCCACCCCACCCCACCCCACCCAUGCUGGGGCUUGAACUCUUGACCUCCCAAAUGAGAGUUCAGAGCCUUACCGCCACACCAACACACACACACUUCUGAGCUUAAAGGUUCAGGUUACUUUGGCCAUUGCUGCUUUUCAUGUGGCUAUGGAGUUGCAGCGGCUUCCUUGCUGUAUGUGAAUCCCGGCAGGUUGUAUGCUGAUUUCUUUUCCCUAUUGUCUUGUGUCAUAACAUUUAGUCAAGGGCAAUCUUCUGCGCUGUACUUGCGUCAAUCCAUGUACUCUGUAUCUCCGUUGGAUUUUACAACCUGAGUUUUCUCUUCCAUUA